CCUGCAGCAAAUGGGACGUUGUUUCUUUUCGUACGGCAGCGGCAGGUAAAAUAAAACCGUCUCGAAAGAGGAGUAAUGUUAUUGGCGCUGUCACAGCCUUAGACGAGGACAGGAGACAUGGGAGACAGCAAUGGAGUCCAGGUGUCGGACCCCCAGCUCUUCGACGGGCAGUUUGAGAAGCUGGUGUGUGAGCUGACUGAGCAGGACAUGACGGACCCCGUCCUCAGCGAUGCUCUAAACAGACUCUGCGAGAUAUUACGGUACAACGCCCCAGGUGGGAAGAGGAAUCGGGGCUUGUCUGUGAUUGGCUCCCUUCGAGAGUUUGUACCGCCCUCCAAGCUGCCACCUGAAGAAGUUGAGCGCGCCCUGGUGAUCGGAUGGUGCAUCGAGCUGCUCCAGGCGUUCUUCUUGGUGGCAGAUGAUAUUAUGGACGCGUCUUUGACGCGGAGGGGUCAGCCGUGCUGGUAUAAGAAGGAAGGAAUCGGGCUGGACGCCAUUAAUGACGCUUUUCUCCUGGAGGGGUCCAUUUACCGCCUUCUGCGCAGGCACUGCAGAGGGCAGCCCUACUACGUCCACCUGCUGGAGCUGUUUGCUGAGACGUCGUUCCAGACCGAGCUGGGUCAGGCGCUGGACCUGAUGACCGCACCGCCACACAAAGUCGACUUGGACCGCUUCACCAUGGAGAGGUAUAAAGCCAUAGUGAAGUAUAAGACUGCGUUCUACUCCUUUUACCUGCCAGUGGCUGCUGCCAUGUACAUGGCAGGGAUUGACAGUGAGGUGGAACACAGCAAUGCUAAACACAUCCUGCUGGAAAUGGGGGAGUUCUUUCAGAUCCAGGAUGAUUACUUAGACUGCUAUGGUGACCCUGCACUGACAGGAAAGAUCGGCACUGAUAUCCAGGACAACAAGUGCAGCUGGCUGGUGGUGACGGCGCUGGGCAUCAUGACCUCAGGACAGAGGGCGGAGCUACAGGCGUGCUAUGGGCAGAGCGAUGCUGAGAGCGUGGAGCGAGUGAAAACUCUCUACGACACCUUGGAAAUGCCUUUGCGCUACCACCAGUACGAAGAAGAGAGCUACCUGCGCCUCCAGAACCUCAUCCAGCGCCACGCUCAGAACCUCCCCCACGCGGUGUUCCUCAACUUCGCCAAGAAGAUCUACAAGAGGAAGAAAUGAGGCGGCCUGGACUGCGUCGGACAGUCACAGAACACCCCUGUAGUCUGUUGGACUGCGUUUUAUCUGUGUUGUAAAUAUGUUCUUGAGAUUGUAGAUAUCUUUAUCUUAAACGCUUUAGAGAUAACACAUGAAACAAAACAUCACAGCUCUGGUUUUACGUCAUUUGGAAUCACCAGCUGUCCUUUAAAACGGACAGAAAUGGAUCAAAUGACCAGGAAUACAACAACGUUACACUGACAAACAUUACAGUUAUGUGCGUUUUUGAAGUUUUGAGGUUUUCUUACCACAACAAUUGAAUUUUGAGGAUGAGCUCUUUUUACCUACUUGAUGAUAAUGAUGGUAAAAAAGGGCAACUGAUUGGCGCAGCUAUCCAAGUUGCAAACUGUCCACGAUUAAACUGGGUAAACAAAAAAAAACGUGUUUAUUAUGAUUGUUGUCACCCCUCAGUCGUUUUGUAGCUCACUUCUUUUAGAGAAUAGGGUCAGAAACCAAGUCUGUUAGGCUGUCUUGACACGGUGAAACUUUCAUGCAACUAGUUGCGUGCAACAUAAUUUCAGUGCAACUUCACCGUGAUACGAAGCAAUGCAGAAACGGCGAAAGUUGCACGCAAAACAUUGUUACUCCACUAGAUAGACAAAUUAGCAGCUCAUGUGUUUUGAUCCACCAUAUCGUUCUCAGUAUGAAGUCAUCAGCCAGGUGUUACGUGUUUACAGCAUUUUUGAUCAUCUUAUUUUUCCAGCUAUAUAUUCGUCUGUUGUGUGUGUGAUAAACCUUUGAAAAUUCACUUUUAGGUGUCCAUUACGGUUUUAGCCCACUUGAUGUCUCACUCGUUCUUUCCUUGAAGCACAAGUUCAUCCUCUUCAGCAAACCAAUAAACCAUCUUUUGUUUCAUUUCUGUCCAUCGAUCCGCUGAAAUACUUUGAAAGUAUGUCGUACGACGAUCACAUGAUGCACUAGCGGCUAUUUGACUGUCUAUUUCAAGAAAAAGCUUCACGAAGUCGAGACAUGCAACUUUUUCGGUUUCAUAUGAGUUGCAGGACGCUUUAGAUCAUGCAACUCAAGUGCAACUUAGUUUCAUGUAGGUUUCAAGCAACCAAAGUUUCACCGUGUAAAGCCAGCAUUAGAGAUUCCAACUCCACAGUUUGAGGCAUGUUUGUGGUGGUUCAGGCAUGCAGUUAGCACCAUGCUUGUUAACCUCGCCACCUGUUCUCUCGUGAACUUGUUUUUUGCUUAGCUAAAACGAACGUUUACCCCACCCAGUGUUGGGAGACUUUGGACUGGUAAGUUAACUAAUAAGACCAUAAACCCUGACCAACAAAAAAACCAUCAGAAAUUUAUGUGACUUGUUUAAGGAGUCAGGCUGAAGGCUAAAUGGCCACGGUAGAAAGUGAAUGAUGGCACAUUGGCAGGGGUGUGGCUAAAACAGGCCUCCACCUAUUUAGGGCUUGGGUCUAA